GAAGAUCCACCAAUGUCGCCGCAUCUGAGAACACGCGAGAUGCAGUCAGGUGCGACUGUGGCACUGUGAGUUCUGUGAGUGUGAACCUGGAGGAUCUGAACUUGGGUGACCUCUUCCGGAACCGCUGAGACAAAAUGAUGCACUUUCUGUUGCUGUUCAGCCGGCAGGGGAAGCUGCGGCUGCAGAAAUGGUUCGUACCAAUAACAGAGCGGGAGAAGAAGAAGGUGAUCCGGGACAUGAUGAUGUUGGUGUUGGCCCGUCAGCCACGCUCCUGCAACUUCCUCCAGUGGAGGGACCUCAAGAUUGUUUACAAGAGGUAUGCCAGUCUGUAUUUUUGUACUGGUCUGGACGACCGGGAUAACGAGCUGCUGAGCCUUGAAGUGCUGCACAGAUAUGUCGAGUUGUUGGAUAAAUACUUUGGCAACGUAUGUGAGCUGGACAUCAUCUUCAACUUCGAGAAGGCUUACUUCAUCCUGGACGAAUUCCUGAUGGGAGGAGAAGUUCAAGAAACGUCCAAAGUAGCCGUGGGAGUAUCUAUUGAGGAGGCUGACACGCUCCAAGAGACGAUGGAGGAAUACAUGAGUAAACCCGCCUACUGAGCCGAGAGAAGACGAGGGUGUUUCACAUUUCAAGACUUGGAGCAAAAAGGUUUAUCACUCCGCAACAUUUCUAUUUCGUGAGUAAUAAUGACUCACUUGGCUUAAUGCUGCGGUGAUACAGAAGCAAAGACCUGGGGAUUCUUUCUCGUCUCUUGGCACCUUUUAAGAAUUGUAAUUGUUCUUUUGUUUGAAUCCGUCAGUGCCUCAGAUUGUUUAAUCUCAGGGUUUUGAAAAGUGUGUUGGCCCCAGUUAAUCUGAAUUACUUUUUUUUCAUGUCUGAAUAUGUUUUUGUAAUCUUAACAGUGAUUCACAGACAAAGUGUACGUUUAUACUGAUGCACUGUGACGUGAGUAAAUGAAGAAACACCACACAGUAAGGAAAAAAUAUAGUCAAUGCUUUAUUAACCUCAGGUAUGUCACAAAUGACCACAUUUAAGAAAGAGUUACCAAAAAAAACACAAGUGAAUCGAGGGAAUCCAACACUGAUUUUGGUUGUGUGUGUGUGUCGUGUGUGCGAGGCUGGUGAGUCACAUGUACUGGUCGUUAAGUGUCGUGGAGCAACAAACUCAUAUUUGUAAAAGAGAGCAUCAAAAUGAAUGUCCGAACACUAUUUUCUGCUAAUAAAGAAGACCUUGUGUAUACCUACAGAAUAACUAAA